AUGUCAUCGUCUUCGGACAUUACUCAGUUCACAUCCAUCUUCCGCGCCCAGUCUCUGUCCGAUCAGCAGCACAGGGUGGCCAAGCGGAACCGCCAACCAGUCUCAUGCCUUGCCUGCCGCACGCGCAAGCUACGAUGCGACCGCGCCCUGCCCUGCGGUGCGUGCGCUAAGCGCGGAGACGGGGAUGCUUGUCAGUUCGGGACCGCCGUGCCAUUGAAUGGUGGUAACCGCAAUGGUGCCGGCGGCCACGCUGGCAUGGGCGCUGUUGACCGCGAGAAUGGAGUUGCUGUAGCUCCCUCGACUCCAGGCUACCGACCUGGGGGAGGUGGGAAUGGAGGAGGGGGAGCGAGCCGGCAACAGCAGCAGCAGCGACCGGAAAUGCAACUCCGGCUCCAGAAGCUGGAGGACAUGGUCCGAGAUCUCGUGCGGAAGGGUGCAUCCGCAUCUCAAGCACGGGAUCGGACAGGACCGGCCCCGACCAAACCCACCACAGUGCCGACGCCGACGGACUCGGAACCGGGGAACCGCGGCGACUCGCCGGUUCUGACCCCGCCAGAAGGAGGAUACGACUACUACGGCGCCACCCACUGGACCGCGCUGCUCCACCACAUUCGGGAAAUCCAGACGGCCCUCGAGCCGGACCCGACCGCUCUACCGGAGCCACCCGAGGGCGGCGCAUGCUCAAUGAGCCCGGACGUUCUUUUUGGUGCCGUCGUCACCGUCUCGAUGCCGGAAGUGCUGUACAGCCUACCCCCGCGUCAGGAUCUCGACAAGUUGCUAGCCGUGUACUUCAACGCCCGAUCAACUGCCGUUCCCUUUAUCCACGUCGGUCGCUUCCAGCGGGAGUACGAGGCAUUCUGGGAGAAGCCCGAGGCUGCAGGCUUUCUCUGGAUAAGUAUCCUAUUCUCAAUCAUCUCCAUUGCGGCGGUAAUCGUCCGCGGCAAGGGGACCGUGGAGACACUAGGUCUGACCCGGGGUCUCAAGGAACCGUCGGCCUACGCCGGCCGCGCGGUGCAGUGCCUCGUCAAGGGGAAUUACCUGGUCGCCAAGAAGUACUCUGUCGAAGCGACCAUUUUGGUCGCCUACACACGGGUGAUAGGGAGCAAGGACAUGGACCCGAUCUUGUCCAACCUGUUCGGCGUCGCGACGAGGCUCGCGCAGCGCAGGGGCUACCACCUCGACCCGAAGCACCUGUCGACGCCCAUAUCCCCCUUCGAGGCCGAGAUGCGCCGCCGCGCGUGGUUUUGCUGCGAAUCCUUUGACCUCUUGCUGUCCUUCCAGCUUGGAAUGCCCGCCAUCGUCCACGAGAGCGACAGCGACACCCGUGGGCCGGAGAACCACCCCGACGAGGACUUUGACGAGGACACGGUGACAAUGCCCCCGCCGCGGCCUCCGACGGAGCCAACGCCGAUUCUGUACUACUGCUGGAAGUCUAAGCUAUGCCGGAUCCUGCGGAAGGUGAUCCGUCACGCGCUGAGCCCAGCACAGCAGGUCUACGCCGAGACGUGCGUGCUCAACGACGCCCUGCACGCCUGGUACGGCGAGCUGCCGGCGGCGAUGCGCGUGCGGCCAAUCCGCGCGACCGGGUUCACAGAGCAGAACUAUACCGUCAUACAGCGGCUGAUGCUGGAGCUCAUGUACCGCAAGGCGCUAUGCGUGCUGCACCGGACGUACCUCAGCCGGGACAAGGCGGACCCGCGGUUCGCGCUCUCGAGGGACAUUUGUCGAGCCGCCGCGCUGAGGAUCCUCGAUCUGCAUGCCGAGUUCGACAGGGAGUCGAGCCCCGGCGGGAGGCUGUUUGAGGACCGGUACAUGCUGAGUAGUCUCAUGUUGCACAAUUUUAUGAUUGCUGCCAUGGUGGUGUGCUUGGAUCUGAACGAGAAUACGGAUAUGAGCGACGAGGACUACGAAAGGAAGAUGAACGCUCUCAAGACGGCGAGCGAGAUCUGGUCGAACCGGGCGAGCUGCUCCAGGGACGCCAGGCACGCGUCGACGGUCCUGAGGGCGAUGGUCCAGCGGCUGACGAGGCAGAGGCGCCGCAUCUCGCAGCGGCAGGGCGAAUACCUGACGACCGUGGCCGCCUCGGGAGUUGAAGUAUGCGGCGACGGCAACGACAUCCCGGCGUCUUCGUUUUUAGAGGCCCCGACUACGGUCAGCGGGUUUGGGGAUGUCGGUGGCGGCGGGCACGGCCAGCCGCAGGGGUCCGGGAUGGAUCAGGCGUCCGAUUUCGACUCCAUGACGCUUGAUAACGCCUUGAACGACCCUUGCAACCUGGACUGGGGUUUGUUGGACCAGUACUUGACGUUAGAUGGGAACGGGCAAUUGGCGAUGGAUAUCUCUUUGUAG